AUGGGUAGAUUCUCGCCGGACAGCUGGACGCCCGCGGUCAAUGUCCUCACCUGGUACUUGCUGGUUACGGCCGCUCUCAGCGUGUUGACUCGACUGGGCACCAAGUGGUGGAUCUUCCGCAAAUUGACGCCCGAUGAUUAUUUGAGUGUCGUCUCGCUGAUAACAUGCACAGCACAAUCGAUCGCGGUCUCCAUGGCCACGGCAAAUGGAUACGGCGAGCCUUACGAAAGAGUUUCUGAAUCCAACAUGCAGAGUAUAAUGAAGGCACAGUAUGCCGCCAACAUUUUGUUCAUCACGAGCAUGUGUUUCUCCAAAUUAGCUCUGAUUCGAUUCGUCCGCGACCUGACUCCCGCUACCUCCGACCGACGCUUUGCCGUCAGUUUACAAGGGUUGACUUCUCUGUGGGCUCUGGUGGGCAUCGUCACGGCCGCCUUUCAGUGCAAGCCGCCUCGAACCUGGGACUACUUGGAGGGACAAUGUUUUCGACUGGAUGCAUGGUGGGAUUAUCUUGGGGUGUCGAAUAUCCUGACUGACAUGGCGAUCAUCGUGCAAGCCGUGCUAGUCAUAGCUCGCGUUCAGACAAACGUGAAGAAGAAAGUGACGCUGGCCAGUGUGUUCGCGCUGCGAAUCUUUGUGAUUGUCGCGAUCUUGUGCCAGAUCAUUUACGCGCGACAGACGGCGCAUUCUACCAAUAUUACCGCGGACACGUGGCCGGUGACCAUCUCCACGCAGCUGGCGCAGUGCUUCAGCAUCGUCACGGCCUGCUCGCCCCAGUUCAAGCCGUUCAUGGAGAGCCUGCGAUCGACAGGUAUGCGUAUCGACGGCAUGACGCGGUACGGCACCUCGCAGAAGGGCUACGGAUCACAAUCGGCUUCGCGCGUUCCGACUCUUCGCAGCCGCAGUCGGCAUCUUAGCGAGGUGCACGAGCUGGUUUCGCUGCCUGCGAAGAACAGCCAUCAUCAAGCGACGGUGACGACCGCGGGAACUGGACAGGACUGGGAUGCCGAGAGUCAGACGAGCCAGUCGCGCAUCAUCCGAGAAGUUCGCACAUGGACGGUGACCGAUGCGCCGCAGAGUUCAGGGGGCGAUUCGCAAUAA